GUUGCGCUCUCUCUCUGUCUCUCUCUAUUUGCAGGUAUUGCCAUACCAUGAUCAUGAAUAAUGACCCAUUCUUAUCUUAUCCACCAUUUUUAAAAUCUUUAUUGGGGUGGACAACUGGGUAUUUGAAUCUCUGAGUUUGAUCUUCGAUGUGAUCUUUAAAGUUAAACAGGGUUUUAUGAUUUCUAUCUCAUUAUCUCUCACGGAUCUCUCUGGACAUUUCUUCCUCGCGAUAGUUUUGAAGAUUUCAAGCACUUUGCAUUGUCGAGCUUCCAUUCACCGGAGAAGGCCAAAAUGAGCACGAAUUUGAAGAGGGCAGAAACAAGAAAAUUAAAUUCUUGGUGGGGGGAUAGCUAUAUUUCCUCGAAAAGUUCAAAAUGGGUGACCGAAAAUCUGGAGGAGAUGGGCAGCAGCGUCAAACAGAUGCUGAAGCUGAUCGAAGGCGACGGAGACUCGUUUGCUAAGAAGGCUGAUAUGUAUUACCAAAAGAGACCUGAGAUCGUCUCCCUUGUCAAGGAUUUCUAUCGGAUGUACAGUUCUCUUGCCGAAAGAUACAAUAACUUGACAGGAGAAUUACGCAAAAACAUUCCCUCUGAGUUCAAUUCGCAGAGCUCUGGCAUUCCCAGGAUCUCCAGCAUUUCCAGCAUUUCCGAUGCGGGCUCUGAACAAAUCUCUUCAAUACCAAUACCUAAUGGAAGAUCCAUGCCUCUUAGGAGUACCCACAGGGCUGCUGGUUUUGAUUUCUUUCUGAGUUCUGCCGGAGGAAGCAGCAAUGACCUUACCCAAAAGGAUGGUGACCAUUCAUCGUCAUCUUCGCCUGAUUCUGACUUGGACUCUGAUGAUACAUUGUCUGUCAACAAUUACUCUGGUCCACCCGUCAAUGACAAUGGCGAAGGAGUACUACAUCGGCGGAUUAUCGAAUUGGAGAUUGAGCUUGGGGACUUGAAAGAGAGACUUCAUGAGGAUGAGGAAGGAAACAGAGAUGGUGGUAAUGCAAAGACCGCUGAUAAUAAUUCGAAUUAUGAGAAACUGCUAGGUAAGAUGGCAGGAUACGAGGAACAGCUGAGACUUGCAAACGAAAAGCUGAAGCUCGCAGAAGAAGAGAUUUCCAGAUUGAAGCGUAAGCUUGGGGAUGAUGAAACAAUGAAGCUUACCCAUAGUUCUCAGGCUCAGCUUGAAUUAGCGCAGAAGGAUAUUCAGGUGGUGGAGACCGAUAAUAAAUCAGGGGAAGGGCGGUCGUUCGAUCUACAGGAAGAGAUUGCUGGUUUGGCGACUAGUGUUUCGGCCUUAGAUUCUGGGUCUUCGAUUGAAAUUCUGAAAAUUGCAAACAGAAGGCUUCGGGACAAGGAAGACGAAAUUGCGAGAUUGAAGUUUGAGCAAGAGAAUGAUAAACGCUCUUUGGAAGAGGGAACCAGCGAUCGUGUCUGUCAGGUUCCUGUGGAUGGGUCGGAGAUUAUUGAAUUGGAAGCAGACGUAUUGAGAGAAGAAAUAUCCAAAAUUGCCCAGAAUUCCUCUGCGGAGGAGAGGUUGGAGGCUGAAAUUUCAAAGGUGACAGAGGAACGUGACCAGCAGGAGACGAAACUCAGAGAUUGGGAAUCAAGGGGGAGAUCUCUGGAGGAAGAGAUAGAGCGAUUGGAGGUGGGCAUUGCACAGAGAGGAGACGAUGUGGAAGCAUUGAACAAAGACCUUGGCGCACUAAAACUAAAAUACGACAUGCUAGUUGCAGAGAGAGAUGGGCUGAAGGCGAAGGUAGAGACGAUGAUGGCUGAGGUGAGUUGCAGGGACGAUCGGAUAGAGCAUAUGAAGAGAUUACACAUGGAGCAGAUGGAGAUGUUGGUAGGGGCAGAGAGGGGGAGGAAGGUGAUGGAGGAACUGGGAGGGAAAGUGAGGGGACUGGAGGAGGAGGUGGAGAGGCAGAGGAUGGUCAUAUCCAACGGUGAAGAGGAGAAACGAGAGGCCAUUCGUCAGCUUUGCUUCUCCUUGGAUCAUUACAGGAAUGGGUACUUGCUGCUUCGCCAAGCUUUUAUUGGAAACAAUAAACGCCACUCGAUCUUGGCUUCCUAAUAAAAUUUUCUCUCUUUCAGAAGUUAUUGUUUUGUUUUGUUUUUUUAACCCAAAAAAAAAAGUUUUGUUCUGUUUCUUUUAGACCCAUAUAUGCUCUACAUUACAUUUACAUGUAAAUUAAAUGUUUGUAUGAACUUGUGUAAUUGAGUGCUUAUAAAUCCAUUAUAAAUGGGUCCUCACCAUUAUGUUUGGUUGUACGGGAUAUUUAAGUGGAUGGGAAGUGUUAUAAUCAUUACUCUAUGUGACCCAUGUGAUUAUAAACUAUUGCAUUUCUUAAUCAUAUUUAGGGUGAUA